GUCACGAAAAAACUCAAAGAGUAUUAUCACAUAUGCGUUGGUUGACUUCAGAAACGGGAAUGAGACUAUACGAUGUCUCAAAAUAUUUUCCAGAUAAUACCGAUUCCACCACUGCUUCCGCCAAGAGAAAUUACAUGUACGUGAGGAUCUCCAGCCUGAAGCAGAGACCAG